GCUCUGCGCAUGCGUGUGAAACACUACGGACUGUCAAAUUUCGAACGAACGAACGUAAAUAAAAACAAGUGACUUAAUUUGUGCCAAACCGCUUUUUGUUUUUAAUAGACUUUAUCGUAUUAAAUUAAGAAGUGACUCAAAAAUUAUUGGCUUGUGAUAAUUUUGUGCAACAAAUUUCCCAGUGCUCCAUCAUAAGUAAUGAUCCAACGACAUUAAAAAAGCCAGAAAAUGAAUCUGAAAAUCUUCCUAACUCUAAGCGUAAUCUUAGUUUGUGAUGCAAAGCUGCCAAGAUUUAGGCAGCACAUACAGCCAAAUGGGCUUCCGCUUAAUCCCACACAGAACGCGCAGGCAGCAUGGCUAUCACCACAGCCAGAGCAGCCAGAGAGGAAAAGUCCGAAAACAAGUAGAAUAAUUAAUGAAUACAAAGUUAGGCACCGGCGAGACGUGUUCGACUCGAAGUCUUACGAAUCAAGUUUGAUAUGGGCUCAUUCGGAGAGAUUAGACGACAACGGAGAUGUACUACUUAGAUGGGUGAAUUCCGAUUCGAGUAUCACGUUCAGAUUGGAAGCGAGAACGCAUGGUUACGUCGGCUUAGGGUUCAACUCGGCAAGAAACAUGAGAGGCGCUGAUCUGGUUGUCGCCUGGGUUGACGACAGGAAUGGGAACGCUCAAGUUCUGGACUGCCACGGACCGGAGUUCGAUGAUCUUGCGGUGGCUGACGAGGUGCAAAACUACGAACUGAUUUCGGGCUACCAGAAUGACACGCACACAACUGUCGAGUUUAGAAGACAAUUGGACACUUGUGACAAGCAAGAUUUCGCCAUUGGUGAGGAUACAGUGCAAGUUCUUUGGGCAUUGGGUCCGGAAGGGUCUGACGGUGAACUGCCGAAGCACGUAAAGAGCGGAUCAAAGCCGCUGAGACUACUGCAGCCGGUGGCAAAGCCUCAGGUGCCUUUGAAGAAUUGGGACGUAAGGUUGAGCAAUCUUACAAUCCCCAACGUGAUGGCCACUCUGUUCUGGUGCAAGAUCUUCAAAGCUCCGGAGCUUCCCAAGAAGCACCACAUCGUAGGCUACCAACCCAUAAUAGAUAGUAAGCCGAUUAAGAACAACCGAUUGUAUGAGAAAGAUAGUUCUUCGCCAGUCCACCAUAUGGUGUUGUAUGAAUGUGCCGAUGACCCUGAUAAGCAGUUGUGGAACGAAUGGGCUGAGGGCGAUGGAUUCUUCGGCCCCAACAGGCCGAGUCAGUGGGCCACCUGCGUUACUCCUAUAGCUGCUUGGGCGAUCGGCUCCAAAGGCGAAUACCUGCCCGAGAAUGUCGGAAUACCUCUAGGCGAGAAAGGGGGCGUCUCCUACUACAUGCUGGAGGUUCAUUACGAUAACCAGGCGCUGCAUGAAGUGCUAGACAGUUCCGGUAUCCGGGUAUAUUACACUCCGGUUUUGAGGGCGCACGACGCUGCCCUACUAGGCGCUGGGGUCGGAGUGUCCGCCCUACACGUGAUCCCUCCCAAACAGCGCCAAUACAGAACCGUGGGGAUAUGCAGCCCGGAGUGCACUGAGAACACAAUGCCAACCCACGGGAUAAACAUAGUUUCUGUUUUACUUCACGCUCAUGGAACAGCUAGAAAAAUAUCUUUGAAACAUGUACGAGGAACUCAAGAACUACCUGUUAUAUCUGAGGAAAAUUCGUAUGACGCCCGUUAUCAACAAUCUCGCAUAGUUGCCGGUGGAAGGAAAUUCAUGAAAGGGGACACUUUGAUCACGGAAUGUACUUACGACAGUACGUCUAGAGAUAAACCAAUUUUAGGUGGUUAUUCGGCGUCACAGGAAAUGUGUCUGUCCUUCGUAUUAUACUACCCCCGUACGGAAUUAGCUGGAUGCUACUCGAUGACUCCAGUCAAAGAGUUCUUCGAAACUUUCGGAGUGAAGGAGUUCUAUGCCCUCACCAUGAUGCAAGUGGAGAAUAUAUUCCUUUCGUCUGGGAACUUGGAGAACUUACCACCUCAGCUGGAAUCUGAUAUGCAGCUCAAAUAUUCCGAGGAGACCGUGAUGCAAGGAGACGACCAAGGUGUCGGUUUGAUGAAAGAGCUAAUCAUACGUGAGCCAGCCGAAUUCCGGAACAAGACAUUCAUGGCGCAUUUAAACGAGAUGCCUUGGUCGGAGUCUUUAUUGACGGAACAAAUUGAGAAAACUCUGUACAAGGGAAUGCAUAUGACGUUCUGCAAGAAACGGGACGACACUUGGGGGGCGCCAAUACAAAUUCAGAACUACCCGACGUACAAUGAACUGCAGACCAACGAGACAGCGGAGAAAUCCUGCCAUUAUAAAAGCAUGAGGCUUCCAUCGGUGACUAAAGCAAAUAAUUCUAAUGCCAAAAAACCCUUCUAUCUUGCGGCCAUCUUGGCUGUAUGCAUAGCCAUUAUCGUCGCGCGGUAAUAAAAAAGUAAAACAUAAAAAAAAGAGUACACCAAUGAUGUUUCCCUGUUGUUUUUUUUUUCGUUUUGAAUGUUUAUGCAAUCAGUGAGCAGUUCUUAUAAAACAGAUUGAUUUAUAGUAUUAUUUUACCAAAUUAUGUAUCAUAAUUUGUUUGAAUGUUUAUAAUUUAAUGAUGAAGAGUUUUUUGUUUUUUGGUCAUUGCCAGUAUUGCUGUUAACUGAAGUCGUGGACGCGUUGUCGCGGCAUUUUGUAAAAGCUGCAUAGCGAAAUAAUUUUACAAUAAUAGACUUUAUGUCUUUAGCAAAGGUAUCAUUUUGCAAUGCAGGAUUACUAAUGCCACAGUUUUGAGAUGCACAUUGUUAUAUUAUAAUUCUGUAUAUUUUUGUUGAUAAAUUUAUCAUACUUAGCCGAUUACGUACUAUUUAUUUAUAAUUCCGGCAACGAUCACAAAUAAAAUACAUAAAUAACCCAGUUUUGUUAUCUGUCAAGAGUUGGUAAGCUGUAAUGGACUUUGAACCAAAGGUUUUUACGUCUAUAUUGUGUCGACAGUUUUUUUUUUUACUUUUGUAAUGUAUGGAUGUGAAUGUUUGUGUUUUUAAGUGAUUUUGAGUACUUAUGAAUGAGAUAUUGCUCAUUUUUAGAAACUUCUAGUUCUUUUAAGUUAUUCUUCAAACUGUAACUACCAAGUAGUGGUAUUUUAACUGGUUUUGAUAGAUUUCUGUGUUUCUGACUGAUGCGCUUAUUCCAUUAUUUUUAAAAGUUUCCCACAGUUAUCAGCAUAUCAGGUUACUCAGGGUAUCAAAAUGCUUCAAAUAUUUUUAAACCUUAAUGUAUUUGGCAUAAAGAACAAAAUCUUCGGUAACCUGAUGUGCUAUUGACAUAAGAUUAUGGUUGUGUUUUGUGAAGUAUGCGAAUAUGUGUGUGUGUAUAAUGUGUAUUUUAUGCAGAAACUUACAUUUGGGUAAAAUUGUAAAAGUUUUAUCCACAUGUAAGUUUGCUAUUUGGAUGAGAGAAAAACAUUUUAAAAUUAAAAUAGAUUACUAGAAGUCAUAUUAGCGUUCCUUUGUUUAGUAUUUUUAUUUUUUCCUAAAGUUUUUCAUGCAGUAUUCACAAUGUUUUAAAAUUGGCCAUGCCUUAAAAUGAUCAUUGAUUAAAAAGAAAUGAACUGUAUUAGUUUGAGAGCAAGGUUCAAAUUAACAUGAAUAGUUUUGUGACAAAAAUCUAGAUUUUUAAGGUGUAGCGUUUUUAUAUGAAUUAUCAUCAAUGCAAUAAUUAAUUUAAAUGUGAAUUAUAUAAGCAUGUAUCUAUGUACAUUUACUAAGAAUCUCAAUACUUAUUUGUGAACAAAAUAUUUUCCUAUGCUAUACAUUUUUAUGGUGCUUUGAAAACAAGUGAAUUGCCUUUAAGUGUAAGGCACUGUAGUGCCUUAAAAGUUAAAACUCAUAGUGGCAAACAAUCUUUGUAUAACUCGCGCUAAUAAAGAAACUAAUCGGAAAUUAUGAUACAAUAUAUUCUGUCCCUCUCGCACAUUCCGUUAGGAUAAUUGUGUGAGAGGGAUAGAAUGUAUUUUGUCGAAUAAAUAAAUAUGAAUAUAGGCACGAGAUAUAAUCAUUUCGAUGUAAUAAAGUACGCUUAAACAAUUUGUGGACAUUUUUAUGACACAUAUGGAUGCAUUUAAUAUGUUUUUUCACUUUUAUUAAUCUGAGUUGGUUGCUUGUAAAUUUUAUUCAGUUUUGAACUUUAUAUACCAAACUUUAUGUCAUGAUUUUGAAAAGAAAACCUUUCUUAGGCCGCGUUGUUUGAUACAUAGCUAUUUAGCUAUUGCCUUGUCGCAUUUGAGACUAAAGUUAAAAUACUGUAAAAAAGUAAACAUUUGUCAAAAUUUUACACAUUUUACUAUGUAUGUGACGUGACAUUGACUUUAGUCAAAUUUAAGUAUCAAGCAAUUCGGCCUUAAUCUUCCUUUGUCUAAAUAUUUCUUUCCGAAUUUCAAUGCAGUCAAGCUGUAGUAAAAAAGCUAAAAAAAAUUAUGACAAUAUUCUCUCUUAGUUUUCUAUUUUUCUAAGAAUAUUGCAAUUUAUAGGUUAAUAAUCAUUAGGGCUGUGUUUUCUUGGCUCUUUUUUGUAAUCUGUUUCUACAACAGUGUAUUUUUAUAGGAUUUGUGUACAAUUAGAACUUGCGGCUAUUUAUGUAUAGAUAUUUCAUGUCGAAGGUAGUUGUAGGGACCGCAUUUUGAAACGAAGUGAUCCGAGUCAAAAUUGUUCUCGCGUGGAUAGUAAUUACUCAUUUCGCGUGUUUUUUUAUUAUUAUUAUUAUACCUCUUUGCAAGGUAUUAGUUGUAAGGUUACGCUUAGUAAUUAAGUUCUAUUUAUUAAAAAAAAGUCAAUAUAAUGGUUUUAUUACUUUGAAAAUGCAUUUUUAUUUCUUUUUUUUAUUUGUUUUCAGUUAAAUUAUAUACCAAAUUUUAUUCCAUGUUAAAAGAUUUAAAUCUUCUAAAUUGAAUGGAUGGCUGCGCCAUACUUAUUGUAACAAUAGUAUCGAACGAGUAUUAUUUUAAUUAAGUCAAUGUGAUAAGGGGCCCCAACAACUAGGCAAUAAGAUACUAAAUCGUUCUCUUAAAUGUUCGUAUUUUCUGUGUCCUUUUCGUCGUUCAGAUCACUGCUUUGUUGUUUGAGACUUCGCGAUUUGAUAAAGAACUCCGUUUACAACUAUGUAUUCUUGCGGCUUGGUCUGUGUUUGGCCGUUCGCAAACGUAUAUUCUGGCGGUUUGGUUUGCGUCUCGGAUUUAACAGUAGUUGGCACAUUGGAAUCUGUGUUGAAACGGUUGCUGAGGCCAGUAUUGGCGUUGCUGUUCCCCUGUUGACUUCCGGGAUUGAAAGAUGGGUUCACAUUGUUACUUGAUGGAUAGAAGUUCAUAUUGUUGUUGGGAGGGUUGAAGUUCAUAGUGUUCCCGCUGGGUGGGUCGAUAAAAACAUUGGGUUUCUGUGGGUAAGUUUGAGGAUUCUGUCUGUGGGCUUCAUACGCUUGCCAGUUUAUGAACCAGAAUGGCUGCUGGUCUAUGGGCAACUUGCUCAGCCGGUCUACUAGAUCUUUGUCGCCGUUGGCUUCUGCGGGCAAUCUUACAGUUGUGGUGGAGCCAUCCCCUUCGCCGAAUCUGUA